AUGGCACUUCCACCUCAAUAUUCUGGACAUCGAUGGGGCCCUGCCAAUGCGGUACAUGUGUUGGAAGCUUAUUUAGAUUAUGUGUGUCCAUUCUCUGCAAGAUUAUACAAAAGACUUAGAUCAGAAGUUUUUCCAUAUAUCAAAGAAAAAUAUCCAGGAAAAGUGCAAUUCAUCUUUCGUCAACAAGUUCAACCGUGGCAUCCAUUUUCAACUGUUGUUCAUGAAGCAGCUAUUGCGGUUGAAAAAAUUGACGCGGAAAAAUAUUUUGAAUUUUCGGAUAGACUUUUUGAUGCUCAAAAAGAAUUUUAUGAUGAAAUCGUACAUCUUGAAAAUCGGCAACAAACAAAUUUAAGACUAGCAAAAUACGCGGAACAGGUUGGAAUUGAUUCUUCCAAGUUUCUCGACUUACUUGAUAUUACUCCAGUUAAAAGUGCAGCCGAUGCAAAAAAUUUGGGAAACAAAGUAACCGCUGAUUUAAAGUAUCAUAUUAAAUUGGCUAGACAAACUUCAAUUCAUGUAUCACCUACGGUUCUUCAUAAGUUCUGGAUGGACCAUGGAUCAAUGGAUUGA